AUGCCACAGCGACGCUGCACCCAAAGAGCAAACGCAGCCGACACAUGCACGGCAAGAUGCAUCCGGCAUGGUCGCUAUUGCAAUUUGUGUGUGUAGCGUGCCUACUGCGCAUCUUCACUGCUGCGUCGGCUGCUCCAUGUCCGCAAGGAUGCCUCUGUGUCGGAACGACCGUUCGAUGCAUGUUCCUCAAUUUGGACCACGUUCCCAGGGUUCCAGAGAACACAACCGUUCUUGACCUGCGCUUCAACCAAAUACAGCGCAUACCGGCGAACGCAUUUCAAGACCUACCCAACCUGGACACCCUGAUGCUGGACAGCAACCAGUUGCAGAUUGUUGAAAACCAGGCCUUCGAGAAGCUCAGGAACUUGAGACACUUGUUCCUCUCGAAGAACAGAAUCAGGCGCAUCGAAGAUGACGCGUUUUCAGGACUGCAACAGCUUGAACAAUUGUCUCUCCAGGAGAACGAGCUCGGGGAGAUAGCGGAGGCGCCGUUUCGGAUUCUGCUGUCUUUGGAGAGGCUGCACCUCAAUGACAACCAUAUACGCACGGUCCAGAAGGGAGCCCUGCAGAACCUCAGGCAGCUGAGACGUCU